UCCACAGUGCCCCGGCCUGACUCCCAAAAUUCUGUGCUUCUGUUGUUUUGGAUAGCUACCUUGGAAGAUAAGUUUCGCAAGUUUAGAAAUGGCCCUAAGAUGACUGGUUGUUUUCACCAUCUGACCAUGAGUGGAGAUUUGGAACCCUGACCUGCCUGCAAACCAUCCAGCUAAGCCAGCCAUGUCCCCCAAGGUACCUGGUGGCCAGGGCAGACCAGAGGACACUGCAGUGCAGGUCGCUGUUCGAGUGCGCCCCCUUCUGCCCAAAGAACUGCUGCACAGCCAUGAGAGCUGCAUCACCGCUGACCCCGAGCAGUGCCGCGUCACGCUCGGUCACGACCGACACUUCGUCUGUGACUACCUGUUUGAAGAGACCAGCUGCCAGGAAGUAGUUUACACAGUAUGUGUCCAGCCUCUCAUAGAAGCUUUUUUUCAGGGCUUCAAUGCCACAGUUUUUGCUUAUGGACAGACUGGCUCUGGCAAGACAUAUACGAUUGGGGAGGCCAACAUAUCCUCCUUUAGGGAUGAGGAGCAGGGAAUCAUCCCCAGGGCUGUGGCUGAGGUCUUCAAGCUGCUCGAUGAGAAUGACCUCACUGACUUCUCCGUCCGAGUGUCCUACCUGGAGAUCUACAAGGAGGACUUCAGAGACUUGCUGGAGGUGGAGACGGCCAGCAAGGACAUCCAUAUCAGGGAGGAUGACAAGGGCAACAUUGUGCUGUGUGGGGUCAAGGAGUGUGAGGUGGAGGGUCUGGAUGAGGUCUUGAGCCUUUUGGAGUCUGGGAACACAGCCAGACACACUGGCGCCACCCAGAUGAAUCCCCACUCCAGCCGGUCGCACACCAUCUUCAGCGUGCUCAUGGAGCAGCGGCGGGGGGGCCUGAGGGGGCAGGGGGCCCCCACAGGAUCCGUGCCUCACGUCCUGUCAUCCAAGUUCCACUUUGUGGACCUGGCAGGGUCGGAGCGCAUCUUGAGGACUGGGAACACAGGAGAGAGGCUGAAGGAGAGUAUCCAGAUCAACAGCGGCCUACUGGCCCUGGGCAAUGUGAUCGGAGCUCUGGGAGACCCCAAGAGAAGGGGCACCCACAUACCCUAUAGGGACUCCAAGAUUACCAGGAUCUUAAAAGACUCCCUGGGAGGAAAUGCCAAAACGCUGAUGAUUGCCUGCAUCAGCCCCUCUUCCGCCGACUUUGACGAGAGUCUGAACACUCUCAACUACUCCCAGCGGGCCCGGAACAUCCAGAACCGGGCCACUGUGAACUGCCGAGGCGAGCCAGACCGCGUUGAGGGGCUGGAGCAGCAGAUCAGGGCUCUGCGCCGCGCCCUGGAAAACCGGCAGCGCUCGGAAACGCGCAUCAUCACUCGCUCCGACCAGGACAGACGGACACGCCACGGAGAAGGAGAGAUCAGCAGACUGCAGGCUCAGAGUGCCCACUACAGGACCUGCACCGACAGUGCAUACAGGUUGCUUGGGGAGCUGCAGUGUGAGGGGGCUCUGAGCGCGGAGCAGGGGGGGAGGGUGAAGGAGUGGCUGUGUUCGGUGGAGGAGGAGCGGAGUGGCCUGACCACGGCCUCGGGGCCCGACAGCGGCAUAGAAGGGAGCUCCACAGAGGACCACUCUGCCCUGAGGAGGGCCAAGGCCACCAACAAGAACCAGGGGUGUGAGGCUGUGGGAGAGGACCGUGAGAGGGGGAGAGAGGGAGACGGAGAGAGGGAGGAGAGUGUCACCCUGCUCCGCUCUCAGGUCCAGCAGCUGGAGAGAGAGAACACAGACUUCCUGGCUGCACUGGAGGAUGCCAUGGAGCAGUACAAACAGCAGAGUGAUAAGCUGCAGGAGCAGCAGGAUCUCAUAGCGGAGCUGCAGUGUCUGUUGUCUACUUCCGGCGUGUCGGGACUGGGCCUAAACCUUCGUCCACGCCCCCACACCGCCCCUAUGGGUGCCACACGCCACGCCCACAACGGAUUUGCACCCGGACAGGCCAGCCCAGUGGACUGUGUGGAGAGUGAUCAGGAGCACUAUGGUUACGGUUACCCUUCCUGUAACCUCGAGGUCAUUGGGGGAGAAAGGAGGGACGGCGAGGAAGAGGAUGGUCACGUGUCUUUGAACCGGGACAGACGGAAACAGAUGAACCAGACAUGGUCCAAGAGGGAGGGUGUGUCAACAGCAGGGAGGGGGUUGGGCUCUCAGCCUGCAUUAUCCGAGCAGCUGCCCACCUCCUUCUGCACCAGACGACCAUCUAACUCCAGUGUAGGUGAGAGCUCCGUGGGUCUGGGGGGGUCGGAGCUGGGGCUCAUGCAGGCCCAGCAGAAGAUCAGGGAGCUGUCAGUCACCAUCCGCAUGAAAGAGGAGCUUAUCAGGGAGCUAGUCAAGACAGGUAAGGACGCGCAGGCCCUGAACAAGCAGUACAGCCGUAAGAUCGUGGCCCUGGAGGGCGAGGCGGAGCAGGCCCGCCAGGAGCUCCAGGAGGCGCAGCGGCAGCUGCAGGAGCUGGAGCGCCAGGAGAGGGAGAGCAGCGGCGCCUCGGACCGCACGCGCGCCCAGGAGUGUCGCAGGAAGAUCGCUGCCGCUCAGAGCAAAGUGCAGGUUCUUAACCAGCGUCAGAGGGCCACGGCGCGGCUGGCGUCGCUGUCGGCCCAGAGCGAGCGUCGCGUGGGGGAGCUGGAGCGCAGCGUGCAGAGCAUGCGGCAGCAGCAGGAGCAGCUGCAGCGGAGGCUCCGCCAGGAGAGCCAGCAGAAACGCCGCCUGGAGACAGAGAUGCAGAGGCGCACACACCGAGUCAAGGAGCUGGAGAUCAAGAACGAGCAGCAACAGAAGAUCCUGAGGAUAAAGACGGAGGAGAUCGCAGCCUUUCAGAAGCAGCGGCGCAGCGGCAGCAACGGCUCUGUCAUCUCCCUGGAGGAACAGCAGAAGAUCGAGGAGCAGAAGCGCUGGCUGGACGAGGAGAUGGAGCGCGUCCUGGAGCAGAGGAGGGGUCUGGAGGACCUGGAGGGGGAGCUGACCAAGAGAGAGGAGAUCCUCUUCAAGAAGGAGGCUCUGCUGCAAGAACGCAGCGGCCUGGAGACCAAGAGGCUACGAUCCAGCCAGGCCCUCAGUCAGGACCUGGUGACCCUCUCAGGGCGUAUCGAGUCUCUGGAGCGGGAGCUGAGCGAGAGGAACGGCCAGCUUCGCUCUGGCAGCGCCCAGGACUCCCAGCAGAUCCGCCAGGAGAUCUCCAACCUGCGGCAGGAGAAGGACACACUGCUGAAGCAGAGGGUGGAACUGGACGACAAGCUGAGACAAGGCAGCCUGCUCUCACCUGAGGAGGAGAGGACUGUGUUCCAGCUGGACGAGGCCAUCGAGGCUCUGGACGCAGCCAUCGAGUACAAGAACGAGGCCAUCACCCAGAGGCAGAGGCAGCUUCGAGCCUCGGCCAGCAUGCUCUCUCAGUGGGAGAUGAACCUCAUGGCCAAGCUCAGCUACCUGUCUGCUUCCGAGACGCGAGCCCUCCUCUGCAAGUACUUUGACAAGGUGGUGUCUCUGCGCGAGGAGGAGCGUAAGCUUCAGCUGGCCCUGGCGGAUGUGGAGAUGCGAGGGGAGGAGCAGCAGAAGCUGGUGCAGUGGCUGGAGAACGCUCUGGAGCGCUCCCAGCUGGACACGGACCGCCGGCUCACCCAGCAGCAGAAGGAGCACGAGAGGAGCAUCCAGCUCCUGCUCCAGCAGUGCCGAGAGCAAAUGGACGGGGGCCUGGCGGGCCGUCAGAGGCAGUACGAGGGCUGGAUCCAUAACCUCAGCAAGGAGCUGAACCUCUACAAGACAGCCAACCUGGAGCUGAGCAGCAGGCUGAGGGAGCUGUGUGGGCCGGUCUGCUCGCCUGGCGACCCAGGCAGAGUGCUGGGCUCACUGGGCUCUGAGGGGAGGGCAGCAGGCUGUGGUAGUGUGGAGAGGCUGAGCAGAGGCCCAGAGGACUGCAGCCAGAGUGGGAGUGGAAGUGGGAGUGGGAGUGGGGAGCCAGAGAGACCCCCCAAAUCCAGAGAGGAGAUGAGGGAGCUGGUGAACGCACCUCUACCUGCCACCUGGAGGCGCUCUUCCCUCCCCACGGAGGACCCCUGCGGCAUGGAGGAGCUGCAGCUCAGGGCGACUGGCGAGAUGCCUGUUCACCGUGUGGUACAGGUGGGCUCAGGACCCUGGGGGGGCACCCCCACCCUUCCACUGGCUAAGUCCAGGAGAGAGUCCCGCAGAUCCAGCCUCAAUACCGGACCACUCACCUCCAACAAUACAAUCAUUGAUGUGAGGAAAAACCCAGUGUAGCGGAUGGAUUCAACAAGCCAGAGCUCAGUUUGGGGAAAAACAUUUAUUGUCGUGUUUUAUUCUUACUAUUGCCAUGAAAAUUAUGAUGUUGUGUUUGUUAAGUUCCCAAGUCAUGAAUCUCUGCUUGUUUUUCUACAUAUGCUGUAAAUGUUAAAAGCCCACUCAUCUCUAUUAUCAUGCACUUUUACCUAGUAUGUAUCCCUUUAUAUUCACAGAUUACACAAAUAAUGUAUUAUUUGUCUUAAACCAUUUUACUCUAUUCAUCAUUACAACUGUUUUCAAUGUUAUAACUUUAAUAAAAUUAGAUUUUUGCUCUA